CAACCUGGUUUACCCACGCGACGCUCCGGCGACACAUCCGCCGCCGCCAUGUCAAAGAAAGGUGGAAAGAAAGCGGCGAAGGGUGGCGGCGAGCUGUCGCGGUUCCUGCAGCCGCAUCUCCAGACCAUCACGGACACCAUCCAGAUGAUGUCGGUGGCGGCUCCUGCGGGAUUGGAGCGGACCGUCUGGUCCGAGGUCGUCGCGCUCGGCGAUGUGGUCUCCAGGCAGGCUACAGUCGCUGGGAUGGUCUGGAGCGGAGAAUUGCCUGGUGUAGAAGCGCUCAAGGAGAACAUUGCUGCAUAUUUCAACGUCUUGCAGGGUUUUCUGUUGGCUUGCCAUGGAAGCACGGUUGGUGCUGGUCCUACUCUUCACAAGUAUAUCACUACUUCUGCGAGGGGCGUGGCGGAUUCCAGCUUCUCGUUGUUCAAGCUAGCUGUCUCUGCCUACGAAUCUGGGAAUCCUGACCGGAAAACAAUUAUACCUCCGGUGACAGGAACUGUAUGGGAAGCGUGUCUUGCUCUUAAAAAGGUGCCUACGACCAACUGUAUCGCUAUAGGGCGAGCGAUGACCGAGAUAUGUGUCUGUCUAAAAGAUGUCCUCCGGGAGAUGAAAGAACUCCCGAUUGGUGAUAACACAGCUGAAAAAUCUUCCAGUGGAGAAGCUGACAUGACCUUAUCGGAUAACGAUGAAUCGUCGUCUGAUAUUGAGGUAGAUGACGACUUCACAGAGGAGGAGAUUGCUGUUGCCAAGUUGAUUAUCGCCGUGACAUCAGACUCUCUUGCUGCGGUGAAAGAAACAAUUCGUUUCAUAACUGGCUUGCUUAAGAGCUCUGGCAACCAAAGAGGUGCUAAUGAGGAUAAGGUUGAGUCAAUGGAAAAUCUGCUCAGCUGCUGCAAUGACAUUGCUGACCAGGUGAACGAGCUUGGAGCCUGCGUUUACACACAAGACCCGUCUGAAAUGAAGUCCGCCAUAAAAAGACUGUACAAUGGCAUCAAGGGGAUGUGCAAGGAAAUAGGAGACCUCGGUGGCUUGCCUGAGAACGCCUUUGCAGCAUUUGGAAGGUUUGAGAAGUCACUGGGAGAUCUCGAGGAAGAGAUAGCAAAGGAUGUAGCGGACGAGAUGAAAAAUCUUACCAUCAGCCAAUCCUGAUAGCCGAAGCAGGUGCUUCAUUGCAAUGUUAUGAUAUGUCUUCUAGUUCUUAGCAAUGCUGUAAUGUAUCUUCUAGCUCGAGUUAUGAAGCUUUUGUUGGUCAACAAAAUGAGGAGUGUGUAGUUCUUUCCAUUGAGAAAAAAAAGGAAUGGUUAGCGCUUAGUUUGGUCUUGCGAUCUUGGGUGUAUUAAGGCAGUACAGUAACUUGGUGUAAUAUGCAAGAUUGAUGCAAGAUAAAUCUGGGUGCUAAGAUUAAGUUGAUUAGUUACCCGUUGAAUCC